AGGUAGAGGGACAGGCACAUCGUACGCAUUCCACAUUCGCAUUCAUUCGACGCAUUCGUGAGGGCGGUCCGUGUUCCUAGCCGUCACUUGGAGCACCAUCAUCCGUCGAACCUUCCGAGAACCAUCGAUAGACGAGCCAACUAAUCACAUUACCAGCCAUCAGCCAUCGCCGUCAGCAGACAGCAGACAGCAGAAAGCAGCAGGCAGCGACACCGGAGGGCCGCCGCAGUCGACCGCUGAAUCGCAGACCCACAAGACAUCCGAGUUCCCAGUUUGUGCAUUGCAUACUUUUUGGCGCGCUCACCAAUUCAAAUUGGAAAAGUCACCAAUACACCACACACAUCCGUUGGUGAGUGUGCGGUCGUCGUCGGUUGGCAUUUUCGGAAGUCUUCGUCCAUUUUUUUACGCCCAGCGAAGCGACAGAAUUCAUCAACUCUUGUGUCUGGGGUGGCAUGUGGAUAAAUUUCAGCCGCCAUGGAUCCCAGUGCUCUACAAAACAUGGAUCGGGACGCAUUAAAGAAGCAAAUCGAGAAUAUGAAAUAUCAGGCCUCCAUGGAGCGCUGGCCGUUAUCUAAAUCCAUUGCAGAAAUGCGAUCGUUCAUCGAGGAGAAUGAGAAGAACGAUCCUUUGAUCAAUGCUCCGGAUAAGAAGAACAAUCCGUGGGCUGAAAAAGGCAAAUGCGUUAUCAUGUAA